UAAGGUCAUUGUUUAUUCUCUCCACUCCCCACACUGGUGACUGGGGUACUUGCCGAUUCAUGGACUGGUGAUACGUAAGUGGGAUUUGUGGCGGAUUAAACAUAUUUCACAGGAGAACACAGAGACAAAUUAACUAUGGUAAAAGUACAGCUGCUACAAUGAAGAAAGCGGAAGCGUAAACCCGGUACUCGACUUUGGAAUAACACUGGUUCGUGACACUGGCUCCAGACAGAUCACACGAGAUCGCUCAAGGAGACCACCGGUCCUUACCAAUCUGUGUUUGCAUUAAGCCAAUCGCUAGCCUAUCAGCAAAACAGACCCGACUUUUACAUCCAUGACAAUUCGGCCAAUGCUGUUAUUAUUAUAGAAGCAACAAUACACAAGGGAAUAUGUGAAACCUAUCUAUCGAAAGAAGGUGUAACAACAUAAUGACCGUCGCUUUUGUUGGAAUGAAGUGGCGUGAAAAUACAACAGACGCAUUGUCAGUUUAUUCAAGGACAUGGACGUUUCACUGGAUUAGUGAUCAGCCAUUUAUAUCUAAUUUUUAAAUUCCUUCUCAUAAUAGGCAAAUAUCUACCAGGUACUUCAUAGUGUGGGUUAGUUUUGUCACAUGUUGAAUUUCUUUACGAUCACAUACUUCAGGCGAUUAGACGUUUACAUGAAUAUUGAAAAGGAAAGGUGAUUAUCUUACCAAUAUUUCUUUAAUUUUAAAAGUAUAUAUGUAUUGACAAAAGAACAAUUGUUUUGCUAUUUGCACAAACUUUCUUUUGAAAACAGAAAAAAACAUAAGUUUCAACAAUGGUUGCGGACAAAGAAAAUUCAGAGGUUAGAAACAGUCAUUUCAAUAAGCCUAAGAACAACACACGUAUAUCAAGUAGUAAGAAAAGGAGAGCGAGAGACAGAAAUCAUGUUCUUAAGGUCAUUACAAUACCGGGAUACCAACACAGAGAUCACAGUGUGCUUACGGAGAAGUCGAAGUCUGAGACAGACGUAACUACUGUAGAUGUUUCGUCCAAUUCUGAUGAUAGAAGCAAUGUGGUUGUAAACAAUGAUAGUGGAAGAACUAUUGAAAACAAAGCAGAAAGGAAACAGUUGAAAAUUCAAGUUGAUUUGAGGUUAGAGCUUUGUCAGGAAACACACGUUUCGGUUGCAACUGACAACGAAACCGACACAAGUGAAAAUGAACGAGACCAAUUGACAAGCGAUAACAAAAGAGACACAGAGUCCUCCAACUCAUGUAACAAGAAAUCGAUUAUUCGAAAAGAUUCAUCGUUAGAUGUGAUAACGGAAGAGAAGGAAACAGGUAACAGUCAAAAUGUCGUCAAGAAAGAAUCUCUCCGACGGGAAAUAACGUUUGACGAGCUAGUGUUAGAUGAUAGCGAAAUACUUAGAACAAGUACUCCAACUGGAAAUUCUUUUGCACAGUCUCGCAUAAGACCAAAGACUUGUUCGUCAGUUUCCAAACGUAAAGAAUCAUUUCGAUCCUUCGCUAGACCGAAAUCUUCCCUCACUCCAAGGACUCCUAAACGAUCUGACGACAGUCAUUUCCGUAACUGUAACAGUCGUUCAUCUCUAUCGCGUUCUGACCGUCCAUCAACAGCAAAUACAAGUAUGUCGAAUUCUCCCCGAAGGAGUAUUGAAACGAGGAGAUCCUUCAAGAUAACAAAGGAAGAUCUAGAACAUUCUCUUCCUAAGAAAAGUUUCUUUAACUGUCAUGAUAAAGUUCUAAAGGAUGCCGGGUUUGAGGUGGAAGAGGUCUCACCAGCUGGUGCAAAAAAGCGACAAUUUAUGCAGCUUUUACAGCAAAGAAAUAAAGAUCGAAUAGAAAGAGACAAAGCUAGAAAAAUGCCUCCUCCCAAGGUGCUUGGAUUGCUAGAUCUGUAUGAACUGGAAUGUAGCACAGAUGAAAAUUCUACAUCUGUAGUUAGUUUUGAGGAUCAACAAUCGAAAAACACGAGUAGCAAAAACAAGAAAAAUUCUAAAUCUACAUCUAAGAAAAAGGGUGAGGACGAGGAAGAUAUUCGUGUGGAUUAUCAACUAUUGUUGAUAUAUCUUAAAUACAUAAAAGCGAACCCCGAGGAAUUUCUUCAGUAUCACGAAAGACAGGCGGCUUCAGUGAACCUGAUACACGUUCGACAUGGAGAUUCGCUUGUGAAAUUAGGGAGUAUAUUCCAGCGUGGCCGACACGGAAUAUCCACAGAGAGCAUCCUUGUGAAAGCUGUGCAUGACAUUCGGCCGCGGUUCACAGAUCCGGGACAGUGGGCCUCUGCUAACAAGGAGAAAGAACUGUUAGCUCUUACCUCUACCAAAAAGGAAAACAGUAUUCCUACAAAGCAGGAACCAACAAAGAAGGAAGCUACCAAUAAUCAAGAAGAGCCAAAAACAGAAUAUGAGAGGAUAAAAUUAAAACUAGAUGGAUGGCUAAAAACAGUGACAACAGCACAACUGAAUAAGGCAAAGGAGUUAGCUCUUAGAGAGCUAGGGCAAGAGGAUGUAUCCCUUUCUAGAUGGUGGAUUUCGCUAAAGUCAUGUAAUUAUAUUAGGCAAAGAACUCAUAAAACUUAAGAUGGUAAGAAAGAUAUUUCGCAUUUCACGUUUUAACGGAACUGUGGUGUCGAACAUGCAAUAGCAGUGCGUUGUAUCUAUGGAUAAGCAAGCAAUAUAUGAUAAGUUCUAGUUGGAGUUCAUAUUCAGAGACAUCAUGAUAGAGAAAAGGAAUGCUUGGGAAGAUUAUGUUUAGCCUAUUGUUUCUUUUUUACUUUUAGCCAUUGUUUUAGGAGAGUUAAGGUGCACAUUAUAAUCACAUUAUGUAAAUAUUUCAGUCAAUAUGCUAAUUUGAUGUCCUAUCCAAUCAUAGUCAUAAUAAUUUGCAUGCUUAUACAUGGUAGUUGGUAAUAUGCAAAGGCGGUAGAGAGAGCGAGGAUAUUGUCUGUGGUAGUAAAGUAAAAUCCGUGUAUAUUACAGUUCAUUAUCCACUUAAGAAAUACUAUAUGAGUUUUCAAUACUAAUUGUUAUUGUGAGUGUGUGUCAGAGAGACUACUGUAAAUACUGUGGUUCGUCGAUCUGAUCAUUACACAUGGCAGAUGAACAGUGUACAUUUUAAGUCUCCAUGUAGUAAUUAGCAUAAAAAUUGACUGCAGAACUAAUUCCCUCCAUCAAUUACAUACAGUGCUCAUUUUACACAGAUGCCACGUCUGUUUCUAAAAUAUUUUACCUGUGCGCGGCGAAAAUGGCCAGAUGACUUCUGGUAAUUUGGUAUUAGUUCCACCUGCCGCUAGUUAACAUUACUGUUGAUACACACCGUACUCUUUCAUCAUAUUUAUGUGUAUGCAUGGAUACCCAGUUUUAUAUUUUUCUCUAUUCUACUACAAUUGUACAUAUUAUGUAAUGUCAAAAUAACAUAUUCUUAAGUACGGUGCCAUUCUGACUGAUGUAGACAGAUGUUGUAUGUCAUACAUACCGUCUUAUGCAGCGAUACCAUUCAACCCUAUAAUAUCAUGGUUGGUUAUUCACUGUUUUAUUUUUGAAGACAGAAAAAAAAAUGGGAAAAUAUAACAAAUAAAUAAAACUAGAUAAAUAUAUUCAAUUACUUAGUAAUGAAAACGUAUACAGAAAAAGCAUUGCCCAUGUCAUUCUUUCUCCGCUAAAAUAACUCUUUGUCUUUUAAAACUUUUCGCAGAAACCGCAGAAAUUCCACCUACCGAAAUAUAAAUCUAUAAGUAAAUAAGGGUUUGUGAUGCGUAUCAUGUAUUUGUUUUUACUUUGUUUUGCAGACCUGACAGCAACGUUGUAAUUCAUACCAUACUAUUUUGUCUUCCAUAAUUGUACUGUUAUACAACGAACAUUCGCCAGUAUGCUAUAUACAAGCAAUGAAAUCACAUAAAGCAGUUUUAAUGUAAAAAAAAAUCAAUAUCAUUUCAAACACAAAGUAUUAAACUCAAUUUUGAAAAUGUA